AUGGCAAGCGCGGUGGCAGACUUGGCCGCCUUCAACGGGUACGUGGAGGUGAUCCAGCUGCUGGUGGAUUUGGCGCCAGAUUUGGCCACCGCGCUUUCAGCCGAGAACAAUACCGGGGAGACGCCUCUACAUUUGGCCGCCUUGAACGGGCACGUGGAGGCGAUCCGGCUGCUGGUGGAUUUGGCGCCCGACCAGGCUGCGGCGCUGGCGCUGAAGCAGAACACUGGGCUGGUGCCCUUGCACCUGGCAGCGUUGAACGGGCACGUCCAGGCGAUCCAGCUACUCGUGAGCUUUGUGCCCAACUCGGGUGCGGCGCUCGCGGCCACGAGCAACACCAGGCUCGCGCCCCUUCAUUUGGCUGCAUUUAACGGGCAUGUGCAGGCGAUCCAGCUGCUGGUGGACCUCGCGCCGAAUACAGCGGCCGUGCUUGGGGCAAUGGACAGCGAUGGGUCGACGCCCCUUCACAUUGCAGCGUACAACGGCCACGCAGAUGCAAUCCGGCUGCUGGUGGACCUGGCGCCAGAUUCCGCCGCCACGCUGUCGGCUAAAAACAGCCCAGGAGGCGAACCUUUGCACCUGGCUGCCUUGAAUGGGCACGCGGAUGCAAUCCGGGUGCUGACGGACUUGUCGCCCGACUCGGCCGCUGCGCUGGCAGCCAAGGACCAGAUGGGGAACACGCCCCUUCAGCUGGCUGCUUCGAGCGGGCACGUGGAGGCGAUCUGGGCGCUGCUGGACCUCGCGCCGAACAAGGCAGCCCUUCUCGCGGCCGCGGAUAGCCAUGGGUCGACGCCCGUUCACAGUGCCGCGUACAAAGGGCACGCAGAGGCAAUCCGGCUGCUGAUGAGCCUGGCGCCAGACUCGGCUGCUGCACUCGCAACCAAGGACGACGCUGGCAACACGCCCUUUCACUUGGCUGCGUUGACUGGGCACACAGAGGCGAUCCAGCUGCUGGCGAAUUUGGCACUGGACCGGGCGGCCGCGCUCGAAGCUCUCCACCUGGCCGCCUUACACGGGCACGCUGAGGCAGUCCGGAUGUUGGUGCUCUUGGCGCCAGGCGGGUCCGCCGUGUUGGCAGCCCCAAACAAGACAAGGCACACGCCCCUUCAUUUGGCCGCCUUGCACGGGCACGCAGAGGCGAUCCGGUUGCUGGUGGACCUGGCGCCUAGACGGGCCGCCGCGCUCGCGGCCAAGGACGUGAAGGCGAACUCGCCUCUGCACUUAGCCGCCUUCAAGGGGCAUGCCGAGGCGAUCCACUUGCUGGUUGUCCUCGCUCCCGACCGCCCCGCUUUGAUCGCAGCCACGGACCAGAAGGGAAACACGCCUCUUCACCUGGCCGCCUUCAACGGCCACAUCGAAGCGAUCAGGGUGUUGGUGGACCUGGCGCCGGACCCUGCGGCCGCGCUCGCAGCCAAGGGCCAGAAUGGGAACGCGCCUCUUCAUCUGGCCUCCUUCCACGGGCACUCGCAGACGAUCCGGCUGCUGGUGGACCUGGCGCCCGACAGGGCCGCCGCGUUGGCGGCGAGGCAAAACGUCGGCCUCACGCCACUGCACUUUGCCGCCAAGAACGGGCACGCGGAGGCAAUCCAGCUGCUGGUGGUGGAUCUGGCGCCCAACCAGGCUGCCGCGCUGGCGGCGAAGGCAGAAGAAUGGGACGACGCCUCUGCACGAGGCCGCCUUUGCUGGGCACGUGCAGGCGAUCCGGCUGCUUGUCGACCUGGCACCGGACCGAGCUGCUGCGUUGGCGGCCGAGAGCACGGCCGGCCUGACGCCUCUGCACACCGCCUCGUGGAACGGGCGCGUGGAGUUGCCACCGAACCAUCCUGGCCCUGGUUGACCUGGCGCCCGACAGAGCCGCCGCCCUCGCGGCGAAGAGCCACAGCCCCCGGAGGACGGCCCUGCAGUGGGCCAGCGGCGAGGGGCACUGCGCGGCCGCGGCGGCGCUGCGGCGGCUGUGUGCGGGGUGAGCGGGCAGCCGAUGCCGCGGGCCCGCGACCACCAGCGAGCCCUGCUCCUGCGGUGCACGGGUUCCCCCGGGGCCGUAGGCGACCCGAGGAGGAGGAGGAGGAGGAGGAGGAGGAGGAGGAGGAGGAGGAGGAGGAG